AUGCUCAAUGAGUCAGCUAUGCAGUAUCACCGAUUGCGUGACAUUCUGGUCGAUGCAUUGGCAUUGAUGCCCACCGAAGAGUCAUGUAUGCCUAUUGUGAGAAAGGUAGGCCUCGACAUUGCCACCCCGAAGGCAUUGUUGGUACACGCGAGGUUGAUUGAAAACUGCAUUGGUGGCGUUUUGCUGAACAACGCAAGUGUCAUGACAUUGGAUCCGAUUGACCAAGUCAACCCGCAUGCGGAUUGGAAAUGUCCCACCUUGCCUCCGGAGCUCAUUGCUGACGGUGCAAGAUGGCAUGCUGGCAUUGACCAUUCGCACCAUGCAGGUCCGGAACUGGACAUUGUUUCGGACCAUCGGCACAUUGGUGGCGAGAUGAACAUUGAUGGUUCAUCGGUGACGAUGCCGUUUUUCAUUGCCCUGCCAGAGUCAUUGAUGCGAAGCGUUGCCGCCGAAGGAAGUCUCGCAUUGGAUGGUUUCCCGUGCGGGCAGGCCAACGCAUUCUCAUUCUGCACGAUUGAGCAGAGCCUGCAUCAGUGGCACAAUCAGGUGCCAUCGAUUGAAGCUGGAUCGCAAGAGAAUGUGUGGAUCAUUGGCUUCCACCCGUCGAAUGCUCGCUUCCCGACGACAUUGAAGAACCCACUCGCUGGCAAAGGUGGAUUGCUUCAUUGGCACACUCAAUCGUACUGUGGUCAUUGCUUGAUCCUGGACACGAUUGAUGAUUCGACCAUUUUCCAGCUGCAGGCAGCCGAAUUGAUGACCUCAAUGGUCAUUGACGCACGGUUGUCGCUGAAGGCAUUGCUCGAUGGUCUCAAUUGGGAUUUGAGUGGAGCAACUGAGCAGUUCUCGUUCCACCGGCACAAUGCCAUUCCAACCCGAUUGAGCAAGCUGAUUCGUGCAGGUCGCACAGCAGGCAUUGGCUCGAGUGCCAUGGCAGGCAGUGCUGUGCAGAAGUCGAUUGGCGCAGGCCAAAUUGGCACUUCUGAGAUUGUGGUCUCGCACGGUGGCAGCAAGUUAAAAGUUGCCCCGAACAUUGAGCAGAUGGAUUGA